GUGUCUAUCAAAGAAACAAUAUUUUCUAAUCGGAGAUUUUGAAUUGACAAAACUUAAAUAUCUGUACAAUUUUAUAGCGUUUAUUGAUGAAACUAUUUCGUUUAGGGUAGCAGUGUAGCGAUGAUGUCACAUUGAAUGAGCUUCCAGGUGGACCGGCUUUCUUCUGCAUGGGCCCAUAUCGCCCGGUGUGCGGACCCCACCUGGACCCCCGAGCCACGGGAUGCUUUCACUGUCGCCAACCAGCGCCUUUUGGCUCAACAUUGUAAGAUAUCGCAAGUUUUUCGGGAUUUGUCAAAGUCUUCGCUAUACAGUCAACAUGAAAAAACAGAGAAUGGAUGUAUUGGACUUAGAUCAGUCAAGGACGUCAUCCCUGAGUCCAGACUGGCACAGUUCUACGGAGACUUCUAUUACGAUGAUGCCAGGGAGAAUUGUUAUUUGACUGUAACAAGCAACAGAUCGAACGAACGCUGCAAUUUCACCAGAUAUGAAAAUUCCGAUCAGACUGAAUGUUGGAUGUUGCCAGAGGUAGAGUACUGGUUCAGAAAGCUGACGUACGAAAAUGGCGACGGAAACGUGAGCAGGCGACGUCGCCACUGCAAGACGCUGGCGGAAGAGGAAUUUGAGCGCUGGGUCUCGUCAGGAGAGAGAGCCAGGGAGGAGACCGCCUUGGAGGCGCGUAUCCGGGGGGUGCGGGUUCUGUGGCAGAACAACCCCCAACGCACCAGCUUUACGAGAGGAAACACACCAGGGCCUUUUGCCCGGGACCCAAGCCCACCCGCGCCUCGAAAGAUGCGCACGCGCCGCCGCCAGCCGCGCCGACUCGCCAUCUCCGUCCAACAGAAUGCUGCUCUUCCUAAUCAGCUUCUCUGUAGUUCUCCUACUAAGGUUAUGUUUCAGCUGGACGUGUCACGUCAGCCUCCUCUGAAUUUUCGGCGAGCGUUGGGUCGUCUUGCCAACAACCACCAGAUCGCGGGCCGAGGUGCGGCUUUCCGGCGCACCAUCUAUCGCACCGCUCAAGCGAAGUGCACUGGGCUCGCCACGAGCCAGAAGCCAGCCCGAGCCGCCGACAAAAAACACGGCACAUGGUGGCCCCGAGAUUCUGACGCAGAUAAUGCUAAUACGGUGGAAGUCAAAAUAAAUCAAGAGAAAACAAGUGAUUUGAAUAACAACGAGAAUGAUGCUAAAAUUGAAAAUGAAACAAAGGAAAUCGAAAAUAAGAAAAAAGAUGUCCCCGAAAACGAGGAAGGAAAUAAUCAAAAAGUAUCUCCUGCGUCGAGCGCCGAAAACGAGAGAAAGAAACGUCUGUACAGCACCGUACUGAGUAUGACUCCUCCGUCGCCUGUCAGCACGACUCCAGGGGGAUCUCGACCGCAAAAAUUCACGCCCGGUCUCAUAAAACUGAACCCGAAAAUUGUUUUCCUGACCAGACCUCGACCGUCGAAUUCGAGCAAAUUCGAGGAGCUCGAGAAACAGGCGUUGGAGCAGUACAAGCCAUCCGACGAGAGCAUAGACACGAAGUUUCGCGAACUGGAGCGCCAGGCCGAGGAGCAGUACAGCCCCAGCAAUAGCAUCACGAGCUGCGGCAGCCACUCCAGUAACACGAUAACACUCCAGGACAACGGUAGCAACCAAAACAGAAAACACCCUAAAAACAGCAGCAAAGCCAUACCUCUCGACAGUGUGGUAAUAUACUCCCAAAAUUUUCCCGACCUCAGCAGCAGGGGGCGUACAAAAAGUAUCGCAAAUUUAAAAAACUUCCACACCCCCCCAAGGGGGGAAAAAAAGGAGCAACCCCAUAGGACUCACAGGACGAUGAAAAGUGCCAAACUCAAAGCGCAUAGGGCAUCAUCAGACACCGAAUAUUAUGAGCAAGAUAUCACUCAGGCGGUCCAUAAAAAUCCUGUAAAAUGGAAAAUUCAAGCAAAGAAGCGGCACUUAUCCUUUUCAGUAUCUGAACCCUCUUCUGAUGAGGAAGCUGCAAGAAUACCGAUAAAAGGUGCAAGAGUUACCAAAAAGAAAAAUAUAAAUAACAAGGCUAAGGUGUUCAACCAGGGAGCUGGAGAUUUGCAGAAGUCUAAAUUACAUUAACGUUCAAUGUUGUAGAUCAAGUCUCUUGAAAUAUUAUUAGUUUCUUGGUUGCUUGUGGAAUUUUCUUAUCAUUAUAAUAUCCAUAAUAUUAAAUUUGUUUAAAAAAAUCACCUUUCUUAUAUAAAAAAAUUGUUGCGCCAAGUGCUGAAUAAAUGAUU